AUGGCGUUACAAAACCCCGAGUCAACCCAAAAAUACGAAACCGACAAUCACACGACUGAGAGCCCUGAUGAUGACGUCCUUACGUACCCAGAAGGCGGCCUCAGAGCUUGGGGCGUCGUCUUUGGAUCUUUCUGCAUUAUGCUCUCUGUUUUUGGCGUGAUUAAUACUGCGGCUAUUUUUGAGUCGUAUUUUAUGGAGAAUCAGCUGAAAGAUAAGGAGCCGUCGACUGUUGCCUGGAUCUUUUCGUUAUAUCUCUUCAACAUUUACUUCCUGGGAUUGUUGGCGGGCCCUGUAUUUGAUAAACACGGCCAUCGACUGCUCAUCUUUGUUGGAAGUGUUUUAGUGGUUGCUAGUUUCAUGUUGUUGAGUUUGUGCUCAGAAUAUUAUCAGAUAAUUCUCUGCUUUUCUAUGCUCUUUGGAAUAGGAGCCUCUCUAAUGAACAUUCCCGCCUACGCCGUCAUAGGCCACUGGUUCGACAAACGACGCGGCUUUGCAGUUGGUGUAGCAUCAACAGCGGGAGGUAUUGGCGGCAUCAUAUUCCCCCUACUUUUUCAAGCUACACUGCCAAGCAUUGGGUUUGCCUGGAGCAUGCGGAUGCUGGGCUUCAUUCUACUCUUACUCGCCCUACCUUCCAAUCUCUUGAUUCGGACUCGAUUACCACCGAGUGAGCAGUUUGAAUCCGCAUGGCCUGAGUUUAGGCUGUUUAAAGAUCCAAGACUAUCUUUAUGCUGCGCGGGAAUAUUCUUCAUGGAAUAUGGGAUAAUGGUUCCUUUAACUUAUGUUGUCUCCUAUGCCACAGAACAUGGACAUGAAUCUUCAAACAGUUAUAUGCUCCCGGCACUGCUCAACGCCGGUAGCGUUGUUGGGAGAGUCGUACCAGGAAUUAUCUCAGAUCGAAUCGGCAGAUUCAAUGUUCUCAUCAUUACUGUCGGGGCAUGUAUCAUCUGCGUUCUUGCACUCUGGCUACCAGCGGGAGAUUCAAAACCCAUGCUCAUAGCCUUCACCCUCCUCCUGGGCUUCGCAAGCGGUGGAAACGUCAGCUUGGUCCCUGUCUGCAUAGGCCAGCUCUGCGAUUCGAAAGAUUACGGACGAUAUCUGUCAACCGCUCUGCUGGCGGCGAGCUUUGGAACCUUGACGGGCAUUCCUAUAGGGGGUGCUCUCCUCGGGCUCGGUAACGGAGAUGGGUGGUUGGCUGUCAUCAUAUUUUCUGGUGUUUCAUAUGCGGUGUCUUGGAGUUGUUAUCUUGCCGCGAGGAUACUGGCCGUGGGAUGGACUGUGAAGGCUAUCUAUUGA